AGGCUUGAGGCCUGAGAAAAGAACAAAGGCAUGGUUUGUCGUCUGUCCAAGAAGACGUGAUGCAUGCAUGCGCUAAUAUACCUUGGCGGGCUACUUUUGUUCCCUCGAUUAAGGCAGAAUCCGAUGCCAAUCUCUCCCGCUAUAUAUGCGUAACUAUAUCACCACAUCUCUGUCCUCCUCCUAACUUUCUUAGACCACGAAAUCGGCCGAGGAACGAAAGAAGAGAGAGUACAUAAUGGGUCAGUUGUGGACAUCGUACCAAAACUUCCGCGCCCUCGCCGGACCGGUACUCAUGCUGCUGUAUCCUUUACAAGCAUCGAUAAUGGCCAUAGAGAGCAGACCGAUGAAUGCGGAAGAGAAUGAGCAAUGGCUCGCUUACUGGAUCCUGUACUCGUUUCUCACCCUCAUGGAGAUGUUAUUCCAACCCCUUUUGCAAUGGAUCCCGAUAUGGUAUGAUGCGAAGCUGCUGUUCGUGAUGUGGCUGGUCUCUCCCAACUGCCAAGGGGCCGCUUUUCUUUACGACAAGAUCGUGAGAGGGCACAUCCUCAAGAAACUCGAACAUAUCACGGACCGAUACAAGUCCCAGUGAUGCUAUUUCGUCUGUCAAUACAUCUCUCCCCCUCUCUGAUCCAAAGUAAUUAAUGAUGUUCUUCGUCACGAUUUGCCAAGAAACUUAUCAAAAAACGAAAAAGGUUUAGCUCUGAUAUACUGAAGACCGAUAUGGAUAAUCAAAAGUAGACAUAUGCAGGGCUCCUCUAUGUACAUUUCUUCUGGCUCCCAUCAUUUGAAGAAUUUAAAGGGCUAGUGUAU